GCCAUAACAACGACUAAACCCAGCGGUCAGAAACUAUGCCGCCCAAGAAACAAAUUCAGUUGCAGGUAGAGAUCAGGACGCAGGAAGAAUGGAGCUCGUUUCUUGGCCUUAGCGGACUCGAAGUCGUGGACGUAUACUCGGAAUGGUGCGGACCGUGCAAAGCAGUCCUGUCGCUCUUCCGGAGAAUCAAGAACGAACUAGGGGACGACCUACUUCGCUUUGCCGUAGCCAAAUCUGACACCAUCGAUUCACUGGAGCCUUACAGACAUCAGUCUCAGCCCACUUUUCUCUUCUUUGCCGGUGGAAGACUGGUGAGCGUGGUACGUGGUGCACUUGGUCCACUGCUGGAUAAAACCAUCAGAGAACAAUUGAGCCACGAGCACCAAGUGUUGGAGGGAAAGGCCGAGAGAAUUACGUUUGAAGAUGAAGGUUUGAAUGCCGAGGAGCCUGUUCUCGAAGAGGACGUUCCCCCAGAACCUGAGCCUGAACCAGAGAUUGUGCCAACCAAGAAGGAGGUGACAUUGAUGAUCAUCAAGCCUGAUGCUGUGAAGGCCGGUAAAGUAGACGAGAUAAUCGAACAGCUGAAGGAGCAGGGAUUGGAUGUACUGGCUGCAGAGGAGAGACAACUGAGCAAGGAAGAGGCUGCAGAGUUCUACAAACAACACGAGGGAACAGACUACUUUGAAGAACUAUUGGAGUUUAUGAGCAGUGGACCAUGUACGACAGUGGUGGUGACUCGUGGAGAGACUGGAGAAGGUGUGGUGGAGGAAGUGAGACAACUCAUGGGGCCAGCAGAUGUGGACCUUGCAAAGGAAAACUCACCAGAAAGUCUGAGAGCCAAGUUUGGUACCAGUGCCAGAGAGAAUGCAGUUCAUGGAAGUGACAGUCAUGAGACCGCAGCAAGAGAACUCGCCUUCUUCUUCCCUCGACUGAAGAUCCCCUGGGUCCCGGGGACCGCCCCGCCCAUCCAGAGGACUCUGGCUCUUAUUCGGCCUGAUUGCCUAGCUAAACACAGGGAUGAGAUGCUGGAAAAAGUGCAGGAGGCUGGCUUUGAAAUAGCCAUGCAGAAAGAACUGACCCUCACCAGGGAGCAGGCAGCAGAGUUUUACAAAGAACACGAGGGCAAAGAAUACUUUGAGUCUCUCUGUAACACCAUGUCCAGUGGUCCAAUGCUGGCUUUGUGUCUAGCCAGAGAAGACGCUGUGAGUGGAUGGAGGGACAAGCUAGGACCCACAGAGCUACAAGAAGCUAAGGAGACACAGCCUGAGUGUCUCAGAUCAAUGUUCUCUGAGGAAGACGCCGCCCACAACCCACUUCACGGCUCUGCCACACUGGAGGAGGCAGAGAAGGAACUCCAGUACUUCUUCCCCAAGGAGAAGACCCUGGCCAUUAUCAAACCCAACGCCAUCGAUUCUAGAGUUGCUAUAAUAGAGAAGAUCAAGGAGGCUGGCUUCAACAUCUCUCUCAGCAAGGAGACCACGCUCACCAAAGAAAUGGCCGAACAGCUCUACUCGGAGCACAAGGGGAAGGACUUCUUUGAGGAUUUGACAGGACUUAUGAGCAAUGGGCCAUCACUGUUCAUGGUGCUGUCACGAGAGGAUGCUGUUUCUGGAUGGAGGGCUCUUAUGGGACCCCUUGACCCUGAAGAGGCCAAAAAAGAGAACCCAAACUCCAUUCGUGCUUUGUUCGGAGAGUCCAUGUUAGCCAAUGCAGUCCAUGGAUCUAGCACAGCGGAGAAGGCGCAGAAAGUCAUUCAGACCUUCAUUGGCGAGGUGCCUGAAGAAGAAGAAGAGGGAGGGGAAGGAGGGGAGGGGGCAACCGAGAAUGGAGCAGAUGGAGAAGACACCUGAUUAUAAAAAAUGACUUAGGUAAUAAAAAUACCAUGCAUUUAUCAUAAGGCGUGUUUGUUGAUAUACAGUUGUGGGCGUGGAUGCGCGUGCGCAGAGCCUAGCACGCAUUGAAAAAGACAACGAUGCAGACGGAAGAACCCAGAGGCGACAGUGAGAUCAGGCAGCGCCGCGUACCCGGUGAAACGCACCCUCUUCUCUCGAGCAACGAAGAUUCCGAGAAACAGAUGGCUGGUUGCUGUUUCGCCCAGUUUCAGGCUCCAGCGCAGGCCUUCCUGAGACCUGGCGUCUGGUUGCCAGGAGUGAAGCGACUGCACGAGUACGAGGAGGAAUGGAAGAUUUCUGCCAGCGUCGACCAAUGUAUGGAAGCAUUUCAAGCUGCGGUAGAGUCACUGAGCGAGGCAGAGCACCUAGACCUGCGUAAAGUAUCGAAGGAGAAAAACUUCAUCCAGGUUUUUGCCUUUACUGCCAGCUGCAAUUGGCUCGACAUUGUGGAAGUCCACUUUCACGCCGGUUCAGGUAUAAUGUGCAACCACGAAGGGCUGCAAAAGUAGCAUGACAGAUGUAUAUUUACUUUGCCGGACAGAGUCAACUGUGAACUGCUAUGUUUGCAUGAGAAAGUGUACAGUGCACAAGAUAUCACAGCUACAAGGAUAUUCUGAGACGAAAGAUGGUGGCCAAAUUUUAACAUUAUCCAAAUCUGACCCGUGUUUUUGUGGUGGAGUGGGUCCUUUUAACCCCCCUCUCCCCUCCCUAGCAUUAUUUCCAGGCUCCUAAUAAAGGAGCCUGGGGUGUUUCCACAGCACCACUAUAUACAUAGGACCCUAUAUUACCAUGCACCCACUCCAGAUCACACGAUUGUGGAAAUAUCCCCUUUAGGGAAGAGUCCGUAUAAUGCAACCCCUCUCUAAGGAUACCCCUAAAAUGUGGACACCUCUUUCCCCAAGAAUAGAUAUUUAGCCCCUGAAAUUAAGAAACCUCACUAAUACCGGCACUUUCUUCUGACACAAGUGGUGUCUGGAUUAGAGAGGCUCAACCAUUAUACAUACCCCUCACUUCCCUCCUUUCCCCUCUGCACUCUUCAGAACCAUCGGUAACCACAGCUAGAGCUCGGUCCUUCUCGUCUGGGUUCCUCCCUGCCUGCUGUCCUCUGGCCUUCUUCUGGAACGUUCUUCUGUUCUGGGUCCCUUUCUCUGGGAACGGGUUCAACACCAAGAGAAUCAAGCUACUGAGGGAGACAAUGCAGCAGCUGUCCGUCGAAGUAACUUCCAAGAAGACUUGUUCCUGUGUGGCACCUUAACUGUGACUCUACUUUCUUCCUUGUUUAUGCGUACAGGCACACAUAAUAAUUGUCAUAUUACGUUAACUAUUGUGUGACAGACUUGUUUUUGUUAUAUAGUAUGAUAUAUAGCGUCUGAUUAAAGAUUAUGAUGGCCUUGUUUUCUGUCAUCAUUGUAGUCCUAUACAAAGUUAUACAAAUUAUCAUGGUUUUGUGACCUGGUUUAUGUGGGCUUUUUG